GCUCGAUUAAUUCAACCUCCCUCCUCCUCCUCUCCCUCUCUCGCUCUCUCUCUCUCUCUCUCUCUCUGUUUUUUUUUAAGUUUGCCUAUACAAAGAGAGUCUAGUACAAAACGAGCACCCUCAAGAAAGCACAAUCCAGAUUCCCUGAUUGUGAUUUUGCUUUCCCUCCAAACAAUAUUUUCCCAAAUCUAUUGAACUCCCUUCACAGAGACCCUCAAGGAUUCAAUUGAAUCCCCAAAUCCGCGGGAUAGGGAUUUGAUCCACACAUUUACAGAUGUAAUUGAUUCCAAGCCUGGGAUUGGAUUGAUGCCUUUCGUUUCAUGUAAGUAAGUUCAUUAUGAGCGAGGGUAAUUCUACCGAUGGGUUUCCCAAAACCCGUACUGUUUUGGGUGAUGUAACCAAUAGAUUAGGGAAAAGGGGAUUAUUGCAGAUUUCGGGCAAUUCAGGAAGUAAAUCCGGGGAGGGACGUGGAAAGCGUGUUGAUGACAAAGAGGGAGAUUCACAGUUUACGCAGAAGGUCAUCAAGGGAGUUGAAAACAUUGUCAAAGAGAAAUGCGGGAUCAAAUUUGUUGUAAACAACGUUGAAAAAGGUAAGAGGGUUUGCGUUUCGCCACGUCCUUGCAGUGAGAUUAAUUCACUCCGGGGUAAUGUGAUUUCUGGCAUCUCAAAAGUGUCAAGUGAACUUAAGGAGUCGAGUUCAUUUAGUGACAGCCUUCAUCUUGGUAGAACCGAUUCUGUCGUUGAAAAUGUUGUGCAAGUUGCUGAUGCCUCAAGAGGCAGCUGUGUUUCUAGCAUUUUGCUGCCUAUGGCUUCUGAACCAUGUGCUUUUGCUGAAGAAAUUUGCGAAAAACAUGAAGGAAGUGUCACUCCAGAAGUUGUGGAAGGAAGUGUCACUCCGGAAGUUGUGCAAAUUGAUCAGAGAGGAGAUAAAUUAGUGGCUCAUUGCAAAGAUAUUGGUGCUGAUAAUUUUGAACUAGAGAAAUGCGUAGGACAAAACGUAAUUGGAAGCUCAAGAUUGCCCGAGUCACUGGGUCCUGGAUCUUAUAAACUAGAGAGAUGCAUUGGACUUAAGGGAAAUGGAAGCUCCAACUCAAGUGCAGGUGUUGACUUGAUCAAAGAAUGCUCCUGCUCUUUCUGUGUGAAAGCUGGCUAUAUUUUGUCAGACCUUCACUACCAGGAUAUCAAGGGUCGAAUAGCUGCACUAAAGAAGAGUCAGAAAGAAGCAAGCAUUUUGGCUCAAAGAUAUUGCAGGGAUAAGGGCCUAGAUAAACAUAAUCAAGAGAAUUGCCUCAAGUCUUCAAGGUUAGAAUCUGAUCUCAUGGGUCAGUGGAGGUCACUGUUUCUUCAUAUGGAGGAUAUACUAGGCCAUGAAGGCAGCCAACUCGAAGCCGGUUUGCUCACCCUAAUAGAUGUGAGAGAGAGUUGCAAGACAGAACUGGAGACGAUGAAUGGGAUGCCUUCCGAGAAGCAAUAGUCACUUCUGAGACUUGAGCUUGUAUGAUUGUUUUCUCAGUUUAACGUCUAGUAGUUUGUAUGUGCGCUUGUUAUACCGUAUUUAUGUAAGGAAAUAUCCUGAAGUUCAUACCUUGUGUUUUUUUUUUUUUUCACGGCAUACCUUGUCAUUGAAUGUGUAAGAUACCUGCAGCAUUUUGUAUCACUUGAUGUUGCCGUUGCUGUUGUUGCUGAUGCCAGACGAUGUUUGUGUCCUUGGAAUAAACUGAUGUAUUCGUUAUGUUGAUUUCUUACUCUUUGCUUCA